ACCCAUGGCCUCAUGGCGCUGUUCGCCAUGGGCUCGUGGAUUUCCGUCAACAGUUUGUGGGUCGAGCUCCCAAUCGUCGUCAACGUGCUGCCUGAAGGUUGGAACUUACCGGCCUACCUGUCAGUGCUGAUAGCAUUCGGCAACAUCGGCCCUGUUGCGGUGACCGUGACGCACCACUGCGCGCCAGGCCGAUUGAACGAACGCUUGCUUAUCCACUGCAUCCAGGUGCUGGCAGUGGUGGCGUCAGCGCUGCUGGCCAUCUUCUGGAAAGACUCUAUGGUGGUGGCAGGGGAGCUGCGCUCGGUGCCCUUCCUGCUAAUCACCUUUGUAUUGUCACUGGUGUGCUGCACAUCCAACGUCACCUUCCUGCCCUUUAUGUUCCGCUACCCUCCACAGUACAUUCGCACCUUUUUCGUCGGCCAGGGCUUGAGCGCGCUGUUACCGUGUGUGGUGGCGCUGGGGCAAGGCGUGGGUCAGCUAGAGUGCCCCAUCGUCAAUGGCACCGUGCAGCCGACCCACCUCGAGGAGAACUUCCCUGCGCAAAACUUCUUCUGGUUCUUGUUUGUCAUGCUGUUCAUAUCCGCUCUGAGCUUCCUGGCUUUGACACGGAGGCCGACAGCCUCCAAAGACGCGCCAGCCGACGACACACAAGGAACCGACAAUGUAACUGUUAAGAGUGGCGACGAGACGCAUCCACUCAGCAACGGCAGUUCACCGUCGCCCCAAGAGGAGGUGCACCUUGAUGAGGCGCCGUCGCCAGCCAUGCAGACUUUUUGGACGCUACACAAUGUCUACCUCUUGGCCCUGCUCGCCGUCUCUAAUGCGCUCACCAACGGCGUCCUGCCAUCCGUCCAGAGCUUUACCUGUUUACCCUACGGCAACAUGGCCUUCCACCUCUCAGUGGUCCUCGGCAACAUCGCCAACCCUCUGGCUUGCUUCCUCGCCAUGUUUGUGAUCCUGAGGUCCUCUGCACGUCUGGGUAUCUUGUCAUUGGCUGGCGGGGCCUUCGCUGUGUACCUGAUGGUCCUGGCUGCCCACAGCCCGUGUCCUCCUUUGCAGGGGAAGACUGCUGGUGUGGUCUUAGUGGUGUCCUCCUGGAUUAUGUUUACGGGUCUCUUCUCCUACCUGAAAGUAGUGAUUGGUACUCUGCUGCACGAGGUGGGCCACGCCGGCCUUCUGUGGUGCGGCAUUUCCAUUCAGGUGGGCUCAUUGGUGGGCGCCCUUACCAUGUUCCCGCUGGUCAACGUCUAUCAUGUAUUUAAGCAGGCGCAGGAGUGUGUUGACUGCCCAUAA